AUGGUAACUCUUUUCACAAUCCCCGUCUCCGCGACGGGAGGCAGCAUCGUCUGCUCUAACCCGACCUCCUCAAACGAGGACAAGAACAUUUACAUCCUCACAUUCACAUCAGGGAAGGAUAAUCGACUGAUUCCCGCAUUCAUUGACGCGCUGCUGCUUGCGCUAGAUAUCAUCGAGCACCGGUAUCCAAAGGGGGUGGUUGUGACGACGAGCGGGAUUCAGAAGUUCUAUAGUAAUGGAUUGGAUCUGGAAGUUGCGACGACAACGGAGGGAUUCACGCAAAAGUGGUUGUGGAAGUUGUUUCGGCGGUUUUUGACCUACCCUAUGCCAACAAUCAGCCUGCUGAACGGCCACUCCUUCGCCGCCGGCUUCAUGUUGGCUAUGUACCACGACUACCGCAUUCAGAACCCAUCCCGCGGCUUCCUCUGCAUCAACGAGCUCGACUUCGGCGUCCCCCUACAAGCCCCCAUGAUGACUAUCUUCCGCGAGAAACUCACCCCGCCGACCUUCCGCGACGUUGUCCUGGGUGCGAAGCGCCUUCCCGGCCCCGAGGCGUUGCAGCGCGGUAUCGUUGAUGGCGUUGGGGGAUUGGAGGAGACGGUGAAAUUUAUUAAGGAGAGGGGGUUGCAGACGAAGGCGGAUACAGGGAUUUAUGGGACUAUGAAGGAGGAGAUGUAUCGGGAGUCGUUGGGGAUUUUGGAUGAUGAUGCGGCCAAUUUGGUGUGGAGGGAGAAGGUUGAGAAGAGGAAUGAUGGGUUGAGGGAGGAGGGGUGGAAGAGUGUUAAGGUGUGGGAGGGGAAGGCUAAGUUGUGA